AUGAAAUCAUUAUCGGUAUCUAAAUACUAUAACAAUAAUAGUUUAUUGACUCCGGACAAACGAUUGGUAUCAUUUGAUAUUAUAACAGAGUAGAUAAACAACCUAAUCGACUUAAAAAAAAGAUGCGCUAUCUGUCUAAAGCUAUUUCUCUGAAUAAUCUUAACUUAAAUCGGAGGCUUCAAAAAAGGAAAUAAUCAGAUUGAUUAAAUCCACUGUCGACAGUAUCGAUAAAAACAUUGGCAUGAGAGAGUUGAAUAUUAUUUUGACUAAAUUGCUAGCGGGAUUGAGUUCUUGUAUCAAUGAGUAAGAUAUGUCUCUCAUCUUGAUCCAACUUAUACAAUCAAUCAAGCAAAUUAUACAGAACAAUCAAACCAAUGAAAAAUAGGUAUAUGAUUAAGAAAGGGCUCAAUUAUUGAUACGAUUAUAACAAUUAGAAUAAUAAUCUAAAGAGAACUAAUUGAAAUUCGGUAAUUCUACCUUCUAUUCUAGAAAACAAGCUCAAAGAAUAUGAAAUACAACACAGAGUCUUGCAGUAUUAAGAUGAAUUGAAUCAAAUGAAGAAGAAUCAAGGCAAUAAAGAUAGCCUCAAUGAUCGCAAUAAAUUAAAAGAUUAAAUCAAGGAAAUGCAAUAAAAAAUGCUUACAUUAUCAGAAAAGGAGCGUAAACUAAUACAGUUGGUGAAGGCAGUUAAAUCCAGAGGAAUAGAUGUGGAAAAAAUUUAUAAGAAUCUUAAUGUCUAUAGCAGUAAGAAUAGCAAAAGAACAAGUAAACAAUCGAAUUCAGAAGUUGAAGAUAUUUCAUUUACUGAAUCGAAUCUGGCAGACAUGUCCUAACUAGAUUAUAGUGUUGGGAAUAUUAAGAGACAUGCUAAAUUUGUAAUUGAUUGA